CGUAGACAGAGAAUGACCAGCAACGAAAGUCGCCGAAACCUACACCUGCGUCUUGCAUGUGCGCGGUGCCAGCGCCGCAAGAUACGCUGCGAUGGGCAAUACCCAACAUGUGGCAACUGCAGGAAAGCUGUCGCGGAAUGUAUAGACGGCGACAGCGUUCGAUUACGUAGUGGACCCGCCGAUCUCAGCAAUGCGCCUGGCCGUGGGCUUGUCAAUAAACUGCGAAGGCGCGUCACGUGGCUGGAAUCCAUCAUCCGCGAACGCCUUCCAGACGUUGAUCUAUCGACCACGCCAUCCCGAGAUGACCUUGAACAGUCUAACGUCGAAGAGCGUGUCACGACGGAAAGCCCCGGUUCGGCAUCGCGUCGAGAGUGUCAAGACGAUUCGGUGCCAGACCUUGCUCCUGUACCAACCAAUACACUGGAUCAACGUGCCCAUGAGAUCGGAAUGAUAUCGAUCGGCUUCAAUGCAGAUCAAAAAUAUAUCGGACCGUCAAGUGGCUACUUCCUUGCCCGUCUGUUGCUCGCAAAUUCCCGGAGGACUGGCGACCUGGCGCCCAGUAUAAGCAGCCGACCGCUCACCACGACUCAAUCCAGCAUAGACGAACUUGUCAGUGCCGCACAAGGACCUCUACUACUACCAUCCCAACAUGUUUCUGUUCAGCUAGCACAAGUCUAUUUUGAAACAAUUCAGCCCCAAUACCCAUUUCUACACGAAGAGUCCUUUCGUGCAGCCCUUGAUCAAAUUUAUCGCAACGGCGCACCUGUCGACUUUGUCGGCAACGAUGAUGGCUCCGUUUACUUCCAGACUUACAUGGUGCUUGCGAUCUCGGCGAAAGUAUUGAAUUGGAGGACAAAGCGACACAUUCCUGGAGAGUCAUACUGUCUUUCAGCCCUGCGAUAUCUCGACCGUAUCCGCCUUGGGACUUCCAUCGAAGGUCUGCAAUGCAUGCUACUACUACUUUUAUUCACAAUGUAUAGCCCACACAUGCAGCUCAACGUAUGGAGUUUGAACUAUCAAUGCCUGGCGGCCGUCAUAGACCUUGGCUUGCAAAGGCAUGUCGCAAUCUCAGCGGGCAUCUCAAAACAUGAGCAGGACAUGCGAACCCGCAUCUUCUGGACUGUAUUCACCAUCGACAGAACCAUUGCAAGCAUGAUGGGCCGUCCAAUCGGCUUGCGCGAUGAAGCCUGCGAACUACGGCUGCCGCAACUUCCAACCGAUGCCGAAUUGGCUACACAGCCAGAUCAUGCCAACGGCCGAAGUCACAGCAUGGCCGUCUCGAUCCACCUUUUCAAGCUCGCAAAGCUAAACUCGGAGAUCAAGUAUGUCGCCAACAGCGUCGUGCGUGACGUGCCCACGUACGCUUAUCCAGCGAUACGCGAUGUGUCAGCAUGGCAGAGUGGUAUGAUGCAGCAAUUAGAUGAUUGGCUUGCUUCAGUCCCGCAGAUACAACCACCAAACGACUACAUCACGCUGAUAUGUCAACUUCGUUGUUUCUCUGUCAAGAUGCUCCUUCUCAGACCAAGUCCAGCAAUUCCCAGCCCUGCCGGUGCUGUCUUGACAGCCUGCCACGCAGUGGCGCGUCAAUCUUUGCGGCUGUAUGAACAGCUCUACAAGAGCGACCUUAUGGUAUAUGACUGGAUCACUUUACACGGCGUGGUAUAUAGCACGAUAACAGCUCUCUAUUGCACUAGGGCAGUGCGAGAGAUCGCGCAAAAGGUGAACCCUGAGGACCUGAUGGAAGAUAUGAGCGUCAGUCUCAGCAUUCUCAGCGCGACCGGCGAGCAUUGGUCUGGUGCUAAACGUGCACGGGAUAUCUUGGAAGAUGCAAAGUCGUGA